AUGGCUCCCUUUAUUAGUGGAGAAGCUACUCAAAAGCACUCAUCCUCAUCCCCAUUGCUCUCUGUUGAUCGACUUGAUGACUCAACCACCCUUUACGAGCAAGCCAGUCAAUACUUUGGCAUUGGCCGUGAGGAAAUCGAGGCCAUUUUGCCAUGUACACCUUUCCAAUGCGAUAUUGUGGACUGUGCUGCCAAAGACAAGGCACUCUCCAUUGGCCAUGUCUCUUACAGGAUUCCCCAGGACGUCGAUAUCGACCUUUUGGCUGCUGCUUGGAAGGAGACCGUGCGCCAGAGUCCAGCCUUGAGAACCAGCAUCUUCCAGUCCCAAGAAGGAGCCGCUUUCCAAGUUGUACUGAGACAGAGCUUUGUCUUUUCCCGUCUUUAUUUGACCUCUGUUGAUCUUCUGCACUCAGUUGUCCAAGAUGAGACUGCUGCGGCGGCAUCUGGCUCACGCUGCAAUCGAUUUGCCCUUCUCGAUGAUGCAGACGCACGAGAGCGGCUUCUCAUUUGGACCUUCAGCCACUCUUUGGUGGACGCAGCGCUUCGGAAACACACCUUAGCUCGCGUCCUCAUGACAUGCAAGGAAAAGCAGGAUGAACUCAUUGCUGCUCCUGACACGCCAGAUCCCUCUGAAGAAGCCAAAAGCGACCGAAGCCUCCCUUCGGACUCAUUCGACCUACCAAAGGCUCCCACGUCGAAGGAUAUGGAGCAUGCUGCGCAGUUUUGGAAGCAACGCCUUGGUGGCCUAAAUGCUUCUUCCUUCCCAUCCCUACCCAACCAGUUGGCAUCGCCAAGUCCCCGUGCAUACUCCCAGCAUUGUAUCUCCUUUCUGGCUGCUGAUGCAGCACAGCGAGGUUAUUCGGCCACAACUCUAUGCCGAUCAGCACUUGCUAUUCUCUUAUCCCAUUAUUCUCAUUCCCCUGAAGCACUCUUCGGCGUUGUUGUGGAGGGACAUGGCUCGGGACGAGCAGUGGUGCCCAUGCGCGUCCAUUGCGCGUCCGACCUGCUCGUGUCUGAUUUCAUCACAAAACUUCAUGCCGAUGAUGAAGCCAUGCGCAAGAUCCCCAAUGUCGGUCUUCGUGCCAUUAGCAAUAUAGGAGACGAUGGUUCUACUGCCUGCGGAUUCCAAACCGUGUUACGAAUCACCAAUGAUUCGGAUAGUGUUGAAAGUGAUGAGAUUCACCAACUUGUACAAGAGCCAGAAGAGUUUGUGCCGUGUGCAAAUCGAGCCCUCCUACUUAGCUGCCGGGUCGUCUCUACAGGCGCAUCAUUAACGGCAAGAUACGACGAGGGUGUCAUUAGCUCAAACCAAGUUGCGCGUCUACUACGACAAUUCGGAGGCUUGAUUCGACAGUUGCAAAGCUCAUCUGACAGUGAACUCCGUCUAGGCCAACUUGAUAUGGCGACAACUGACGACAAAGAAGAGAUACAAGGCUGGAAUUCAGAGCCUCUGGUCGCAAAGGAUACUCUUCUCCAUACAGAGUUGCUGAGAACAGCACUUUCUUCCCCAAACCAGCCUGCCAUUUCUGCAUGGGAUGGAGACUGGACAUAUGCUGAGCUAGACAAUGUAUCUACACAACUAGCUGAACAUCUUGAAUCUGUCGACUUUGGCAAAGAACAGGCUAUUGUGCCUCUCUACUUUGAAAAGUCAAAAUGGGUUGUCGCUUCAAUGCUUGCCGUGCUGAAAGCUGGCCAUGCAUUUACACUUAUUGAUCCGAAGGACCCUCCUGGUAGAGUGUCUCAAGUGGUUGAACAAAGUCGUGCUGCGGUUGCGCUAACUUCCAAACUUCACCACAACACAGUGCAAGGGCUGGUUGGUCGUGGCAUCGUUGUAGAUGAUGAUCUUGUUACAUCGAAAUCUAGUGGUCAAGAGCCGCGUGUCAAAUCUGCUCCAAAAUCAAACGAUUUGUCAUAUGUCAUAUUUACUUCUGGCAGUACAGGAACGCCCAAAGGUAUCAUGAUUGAGCAUCACGCAUUCGCUUCUUGUGCCACAAAGUUUGGUCCUGCACUGGGCAUCACAAACACCACGCGUGCGCUUCAAUUUGGCUCUCAUGCGUUUGGAGCGUGUCUUCUAGAAGUCAUGACAACUCUUAUUCAUGGUGGCUGCGUCUGUAUUCCGUCAGACGAUGAUCGCAUGAACGACGUCCCAGGCUUCAUCAACAGGUUCAGUGUGAACUGGGUAAUGGCAACGCCAUCUUACAUGGGAACGUUCCAACCCGAUGACGUUCCCGGCUUGCAAACCUUGGUGUUAGUAGGAGAGCAAAUGUUACAAUCUGUGAACAACAUAUGGGCUCCUCGACUCAACCUGCUGAACGGCUAUGGCCAGAGUGAGAGUUCUUCUCUGUGCUCGGUUGCUAGUAUCCAGCCCAAUGCCACAGAACCAAACAACAUUGGCCGUAUGGUCGGUGCCCACGCCUGGAUCGUUGAUCCUAAUAAUUCCAAACAACUGGCCGCAAUCGGUGCCGUUGGAGAGCUGGUGAUAGAAAGUCCUGGCAUCGCCCGCGACUAUAUCAUUCCUCUGCUGCAGGAUCAGUCACCAUUCAUUGCAUUAACGCCAGCUUGGUAUCCUCAGAAACAGCUUCCUAGAGGUUCUAGGCUGUAUAAAACGGGCGAUUUUGCGCGGUACGCCUCUGAUGGCACCGUUGUAUGUCUCGGACGCAUGGACUCGCAAGUCAAGAUCCGCGGGCAGCGUGUCGAGAUGGGUGCUGUGGAAACCUGCCUGCGACAGCAACUACCCAAAAAUGUUACAGUUGUAGCAGAGGCAAUUACAAGAUCAGAUUCAUCACACAGCAAAGUCUUGGCUGCGUUCUUGAUAGGAUCUGUGCCAGGAACAAAGGACACUAAACACUCCCAUAUCUUGAGUGCGGAUGCAACAAAUGGAAUAAACACCAAGUUGCAACAGGUUCUUCCUCCGUUCUCCGUUCCCGUGUGCUAUAUUUCAAUGCAAGACCUUCCUCGCACUGCUACUGGCAAGGUAGACCGAAGACGUCUUCGAUCUCUUGGUGCCGAGAUCUUAAGUCAACAGACCCACGAGACAGAGGCACAAUCGACCCAAACCUCCACUGAAAUCCCAACUGAUAUCUAUGGCAAGCUGGAAAAGAUAUGGUUUCAAAGUCUCAAGACAGAACCAAACCCUUCCAACAAAGGAGCAAGCUUCUUUGAGAUGGGUGGCGAUUCCAUUACAGCCAUCAAAAUGGUAAAUAUGGCAAGGUCGGCUGGGAUCAAUCUCAAGGUGUCUGAUAUUCUUCGCAAUUCUACCCUUACUAGUCUUGCGGCCAUUAUCACAGGCAGCUCGGGGCCGCUUACCACUAUCCCAAAGUUGGCUCAGACCGGACCUGUGGAGCAGUCUUAUGCUCAAGGUCGCCUAUGGUUUUUAGACCAGUUGGAGAUUGGUGCUUCGUGGUAUCUCAUUCCAUAUGCCGUCCGCAUGCGAGGUUCCGUGGAUGUCCGCGCACUAACGAGCGCUCUGUUGGCUCUAGAACAACGUCACGAAACCCUACGAACCACCUUUGCUAACAACGAUGGUGGGGGUGUUCAAAUUGUCCAUAAGAAGCUUGCCAAAGAACUGCGCGUGAUAGACGUAUCGGGCAGCGGAGAUGACGGGUAUCUAGAGUCCCUGCGCUCUGAACAGACUGCUCCAUUUGAUUUGACAGUGGAAGCAGGCUGGCGAGCGGCCCUUAUUCGACUGAGUGAUACAGAUCAUGUCUUAUCCAUCGUCAUGCAUCAUAUCAUCUCUGAUGGCUGGUCCAUUGAUAUACUGCGACGAGACCUUGGUCAACUUUACACUGCUGCUCUAGCGGGCGUCGACCCUCUGUCUGCCAUGAAGCCACUGCCAAUCCAGUAUGUUGACUUUUCAGUUUGGCAGAAGCAAGAAGCCCAGGCCAAGCAACAUGAGAAGCAGCUCCAAUACUGGCAGAAACAGCUUGCCGACUGCUCGCCGGCCAAAUUUCCCACCGAUUUCCCUCGACCGGCCCUUCUAUCUGGUGAUGCCGGCGUCGUGCCGGUCACAAUCGACGGUGAACUAUACCAGAAGCUGCGAUCUUUCUGUAAUACACAUCAAGUAACAUCAUUCUCUGUGUUGCUUGCUACUUUCCGGGCGGCUCACUACCGCCUUACCGGAGUGGAUGAUGCUGUCAUUGGUCGGCCCAUUGCCAAUCGAAACCGGUGGGAGCUCGAGGAUAUGAUUGGUUUCUUUGUCAAUACCCAGUGUAUGCGCAUCACUGUAGAUGACGACGACACAUUCGAAAGCUUGGUGCACCAAGUUCGGGCAACAACGACCGCGGCGUUUGAGAACGAAGAUGUACCCUUUGAGCGAGUCGUGUCCGCACUGCUUCCCGGAUCCAGAGAUUUAUCUCAAACUCCGUUAGCACAAUUAAUGUUUGCAGUUCACUCACAGAAAGAUUUGGGAAAGUUUGAACUACAAAACCUUGAAACACAACCUCUCACAAACAAGGCGUAUACUCGAUUUGAUAUCGAGUUUCACUUGUUCCAGCAGGAUGCUGCGCUCACCGGUGCCUUGAAUUUCGCCAUGGAGCUCUUUACACCUGAAAGCAUGCAAAAUGUCGUAAAUGUCUUCUUUGAGAUUCUACAUGGCGGCCUUGACCAGCCCCAGACUCCCAUCUCCCUUGUUCCGCUUACCAGUGGUAUUCCUCGCCUUGAGAAGAUGGGCCUGCUGCAAAUCAACGACGUUGAAUACCCACGAGAUUCAAACGUUGUGGACAUAUUCCGUGCUCAAGCGGCUUCUUGCCCAGACGCCAUGGCUCUGAUCGAUUCAUCGUCUCGUCUCACAUACGCUGAGCUGGACCAUCAGUCGGAUCGGCUCGCAGCAUGGCUUCGCAGACAGAAUUUGGCACCCGAGACCCUAGUCGGAGUGCUGGCACCACGAUCGUGUCAGACAAUUGUUGCCUUCUUUGGUAUUCUCAAAGCAAAUCUCGCGUAUAUCCCCCUGGAUGUACGAUCUCCGAUUGCUCGUGUCAAAGAUAUCCUCUCAACAAUAUCUGGACGUGCCAUAGUCCUUCUUGGUGAUGAUGUUGCUGUCCCCGAACUUCAGCUACCUGAGCUAGAGCUGGUGCGCAUCAGUGAGGCGCUGAAAUCGGGCAACCCGAAUGACAGUCUAUACUCCAAAGACCUAGCGCAUCCUUCAGCUACUAGUCUCGCAUAUGUCCUCUUUACUUCCGGGUCCACUGGCAAGCCAAAGGGUGUCAUGAUUGAGCACCGUGUCAUUGUGCGUCUUGUGAAGGGUAACAUUAUUCCACACUUCCCUCCACAACCAAUCAUGGCUCACAUGUACAACAUUGCAUUUGAUGGCGCAACGUAUGAGAUCUUUGGUAUGCUUCUCAACGGUGGAACCCUAGUUUGUGUUGACUACAUGACCACCCUUGACGGCAAAGCGCUUAGUGCUGUAUAUGCUCAGGAACAGAUCAAUGUUGCCAUGAUGGCACCAGCUUUACUCAAGCUGUAUCUGGUCGACGCUCGAGAUGCCCUGAAGAAUCUUGAUCUGCUCCUCGUUGCUGGAGACAGAUUUGAUCGUCAGGAUGCUAUUGAGUCACAGGCGCUUAUCCGUGGUCAGUGCUACAAUCUCUACGGCCCAACCGAAAACGGAGUAUUGAGCACAGUGUAUAAUGUUGCUCCAGAUGAUCCGUUUGUAAACGGCGUUCCUCUUGGGUGGUCCAUCAACAACUCUGGAGCUUUCAUUACCGACGCUAACCAGCAGCUUGUUGGAGCUGGCGUGAUGGGAGAGCUCGUUGUUACUGGAGAUGGCCUUGGCAGAGGCUAUACUGAUCCAGCGCUUGAUGUGAACCGUUUCAUCCAGUUUACCGUUAAAGGCAAGACUGUAAGAGCCUACCGAACCGGUGACCGCGUUCGUUAUCGUGUGAACGACGGCCUCAUAGAAUUCUUCGGGCGUAUGGACUUCCAAUUCAAGAUUCGAGGCAACCGUAUCGAAUCCGCCGAGGUCGAAGCUGCUAUCCUCAGCAAUGAAGCAGUCCGCGAUACAGCUGUUGUUGUACGCGGCGAGGAGGGCCAAGAGUUGGAAAUGGUUGGGUUUAUCGUCGCCAACGAUAACAUCUCGACGGAGAAGGAGGAAACAGACAACCAAGUUGAAGGAUGGCAAGAGCUUUUUGAUGGUGGCAUGUACUCUGAUAUCGAUACCAUCAGCCCUGAGUCCAUCGGUAACGAUUUCAAGGGCUGGACGUCCAUGUAUGAUGGAAAUGACAUCGACAAGACAGAGAUGCAAGAGUGGCUCGAUGAUACAAUGGCAACGCUUCAUGACGGUCAAUCGCCCGGCCAUGUCUUGGAAAUCGGCACCGGUAGCGGCAUGAUCCUUUUUAACCUGGGCCCUGAGCUGCAGAGCUACAUCGGUCUUGAGCCCUCUAAAUCAGCAGCCGCGUGGGUAAACGGCGCUAUCAAGGCCAUUCCAGCAUAUUCGGGGAAAGCCCAAGUUCAUGUUGGAACAGCAGCAGAUAUUGACAAACUGGGCCAAAUACGCACAAACUUGGUGGUAAUUAACUCUGUGGCACAAUAUUUCCCUACACCCGAGUAUCUGACCGAAGUUAUUGACACUCUGGUUCGCAUCCCUGGUCUGAAGCGCAUUUUCUUUGGCGAUAUGCGCUCGCAAGCUACAAACCGACAUUUCCUAGCUGCCAGAGCCAUUUUCACCUUAGGAAACAAUGCAUCCAAACAUGAUGUGCAGCAAAAGAUUGCAGAGCUGGAAGAACGCGAGGAAGAGUUUCUUGUUGAACCUGCCUACUUCACAACUCUUCAGGACCUUCGUCCCGAUUUGAUUAGGCACGUCGAAAUCAUUCCCAAGAAUAUGCAGGCCACAAACGAGCUAAGUGCAUACCGAUAUGCGGCCGUUGUUCACCUGCAUGCUUCCGACGAUGAAGCCGCACGACCUCUGCAUGACACUAAGGACGAAGACUGGAUUGACUUUGCUGCUUCUCAGAUGGACCGCGAGUCACUCCUAGCCCUUUUGAAGCUCUCGAAAGACAAACAAACCGUGUGUGUUAGCAAUAUUCCUUAUUCGAAAACUAUUUUCGAGCGACAUAUUCUUGAGUCUCUCGAGAGGGAUGGCAUGAGUGGCGAGGAAAACAACCUAGACGGCGCUGCUUGGAUCUCAUCUAUGCGCUCUGAGGCUGAAAAAUGUGCAUCACUGGCUGUCCCAGAGCUUGUAAAGCUUGCUAAACAGUCUGGAUUCUCCGUUGAAGUCAGCGCAGCUCGACAGUGGUCCCAGAGCGGUGGUCUGGAUGCUGUUUUCCACCACUAUCCUUCAUCAGAAACAGUUAGUCGAACACUAGUGCGCUUCCCUACUGACAACAAAGUUCGAGCAUCCUUCACCCUUGCCAAUCGACCACUGCAGCGACUCCAGAGACGUCGUGCUGCCCUUCAAGUCAGGGAGCAUUUGCAAUCUUUGGUUCCUUCCUACAUGAUCCCGGCUCAUAUCAUUGCCUUGGAUCAGAUGCCCAUCAAUGCCAAUGGCAAAGUGGACCGAAAGGAACUCGCUCGUCGGGCCCGAAUCAUACCAACACGCCGUCCAGCCGCACCUACACCUGUACCAGUAUUUCCCAUUAGCGACAUUGAAGUCAUACUCUGUGAACAGGCGACCGAAGCAUUUGGAAUGGACGUCAAGAUUUCAGAUCACUUUUUCGAACUUGGUGGCCAUUCCCUCCUAGCUACAAAGCUCAUUGCACGAAUUGGUCAACAUUUCCAUGCCCGUGUCACUGUUAAGGAUGUAUUUGAUCACCCCAUAUUUGCCGACCUGGCCGCUGUCAUCCGUCAAAGGCUAGCUUUGCAGGACCCUAUUGUGCCAGACGGCGGACUAGCCAAGGAUGGGCAGUCCGCAAGGGUAGCACCACGUACCGAGAUUGAAUCCAUCUUGUGCGAAGAGUUUGCGACCGUUCUUGGUAUUCAAGUCGGAAUCACAGACAACUUCUUUGACCUCGGAGGGCACUCACUCAUGGCCACCAAGCUCGCUGCGCGCAUUGGCCAUCGACUUGAUACAACAGUAUCGGUCAAGCAAGUGUUUGAUCACCCAGUCCUCUUUCAUCUUGCGAGCGCCUUGGCUUUGUCUAAAACACAGAGCUAUGAUGUCACCAACGAUUUGCAAAAUGUCGACUAUGCUGCAUUCCAGCUCAUGUCUGUGCCGGAUGUUGAGGAUUUCGUUCAGCGAGAAGUUGUCCCGCAACUCAACUUUAACCAUGGCAAAAUCCAAGACGUAUACCCUGCGUCUCAAAUGCAGAAGGCUUUUGUCUGCGAACCUACCACUGGAUAUCCUAAGCCUCUAGUGCCAUUCUAUGUUGACUUUCCUGCCGAGUCAGAUGCAACUGCCCUCAUCAAAGCUUGCAGAUCUCUCAUUGAGCAGCUUGACAUGUUUAGGACGGUCUUUGUCACGGCGUCAGACAUCCUCUAUCAGGUGGUUUUGGAGCAACUCGACCUAGCCAUCGAAACCAUUGAAACCACGCAGAAUGUCAACAUUGCGACAAGUGACUUCUUGGAUAGAGUUGCAAAAGAGCCAGUUCGCCUGGGUGAACCAUUGAUAAAGGUUGCUAUCCUGAAGCAGACAUCAUCAGUACGAGUGCUACUCCGUCUCUCCCAUGCUCUGUACGAUGGUUUGAGCUUGGAGCGCAUUGUGCGCCAUCUUCACUUCCUUUACAGUGGAAAGCCCCUUCCACCACAGAUCCAAUUCUCGAGGUACAUGCAGUACGUAGAUAGUGUGCGAAAAGAGAGUCACGACUUUUGGCGCGAUGUGAUUCAGGAUGCACAAAUCGCAGACCUGAGCCAGGCAAGUGGUGGCUCUCUUCCAAGUGAGGUUGGGGAGAUCAAGGCACUGAACCUGUCAAAGGUUAUCAGUGUACCCCUCCAAGCUCUUCGAAACAGCAUUAUUACACAAGCAACAGUUUUCAACUAUGCUUGUGCUCUAGUGAUGGCCAAAGAAACUGGACUAAAGGACGUUGUCUUUGGCCGCGUCGUCUCAGGUCGUCAAGGCUUGCCUGUUAGCUGGCAAAAUAUUGUCGGUCCUUGCACGAAUACAGCGCCAGUGCGUGCUCACGUGGAUACUGAAGGUGAUCAACUACAACAGCUGCGCGACAUGCAAGACCAAUAUCUUUUGAGUUUGCCUUUUGAGACUUUGGGUUUUGAUGAGGUCAAGCGUAACUGCACUCAGUGGCCAGAGACUGUGCCGAACUACGCUUGCUGCAUCACUUAUCAUAAUUUUGAAUACCACCCGAAGAGUGAAAUGGAAACGCAGCAGGUAGAGCUAGGAAUAUUGGCCAAGCAUGUCGAGCUCCGCAAGGAGGAGCCGCUGUUUGAUUUGGCAAUGGCGGGCGAAGUAGAACCUGAUGGUGUUCACCUACAGGUUAGCGUCAUUGGCAAGUCGCGUUUGUUCAAGGAAGAGAGAAUCAGAUACUUGCUGGAGGAGGUUUGCAAAACGUUUGAGAAAUUAAAUUUGACGCUUUAAAGCGCCAUGAUAUAGCACAAAACGUUAGAUUGUAUUAUACUAUAGUUAGCAGAAUGCAAAAAUGGGAAAGAUGUUAAAUGUGU